AUGUCUAAGAAAUUAUUUGCGAUCUUUAAUGUGAAUAACCCGCCUUCGUCGUCUUCUGUGGUCUCGGUUUGUACUAAUGUCAUAGACGAUAAUUACCCAAACGACACUUUAAGUAGUAGUCAAGGGAGUAUUGCUACAGUUGAAUCACUUGAACCUAUAAAAGUACCUGAACCUGAGACUUGUGAUCUAGGAACUUUACUGACAGGUCCAGCUCGUCCAGUACUUGAGUCGUAUCCAAAAACUAUUUUUGGGAAACAAAACCGUGGUUUUAAUUCCGUUUAUUAUUCAAGCUUUAGUUGGCUAGAAUAUAGUAUAAGACAUGAUGCUAUUUACUGUUUUUGCUGUCGCAAUUUUAGCAUAGCAAGUGAUUAUAAUGAUUCUACUUUUACGAGUAUUGGAUCCAACAACUGGAAAAAGUUAUCCGGGUCAAGAGGAAAAAAAGGAAAUAAACAGAGUAAACUGCACGGACAUUCCACUAGUAAACAGCAUUUAACUUGCAUGGCCAAAUGGGAAGCUUAUAUUUCAACUAUAACAACAGGAAGUGUCCACUCUCAAGUAGCAUCAAGCCACAAGCUUCUUGUAGAAAAAAAUGUCCAAUAUAUUAAAACUCUUGUUGAUAUAACAUUAUUUUUGAGCUGCCAAGGAUUAGCUUUUAGAGGACAUGAAGAAUCAAAACUCUCACUAAAUCAAGGAAAUUUUAAAGAAAUUUGCAGUUUGAUUGCAAAACAUUAUCCAGAAUUUGCAGAAAAGUUUCAAAAUACUACCAAUUACACUAGUCAUGCUGUGCAAGAUGAGUUGGCUAAUUUAUGUGCUGAAAACAUAAGACAUAAAAUUAUAAAAGAAAUUGAAGACACUAAAGUUUUUGGUAUAAUGUGUUUUAAGCAAGAACAAAUGUCUUUAUGUGUAAGGUAUACUGUUGGUCUUAAUAUUGUUGAACGAUUUCUGGGUUUUAUUGACGUUUCUGACAAACAAGAUGCUGAAUCCCUAAGUGCCCAUAUAUUUGCUUACCUUACUAAAAAUAACAUGGACACGUUUCAUGUUGUGGCACAAUCCUACGAUGGGGCAAAUGCAAUGUCUGGACUCUGGAAAGUUCAAUGGUGUUCAGGCUAA